GAACAGGAAGAGGAGACUUUUCUGUUUUUCAAAAUUAUUUCAGAGUCGACACAUUGCUUGUCAAGACCUCUGUCGUCACUAUGAAAUAGGAGCUGCACGGGGCAUCCCAGAAGCUGAUGUCUGGGUUGAGCAUUUUAUUCUUUUCCGCGCUUUAUCGGUGUUGUUCACAUCGAGAGGUUUUCUCGAUUUUCGAUUUUCGCGCGAAGUAUUAUUGAUCUGAAAGUAUUGUAAACAUCGAUCAGUGCUGUCAGUGUUCAGACGGUGAUUGUAGGUGGCUUUACGGAGUGGUACUGGCAUUUCCUUUACCACGCAGAGGACUUGAAGAGUCACGAAUUGAAAUCGUCCCAAAGCUCGGAUCAGAUCUUUCCUUCCACGUCUGAAGUGCUUUUACCGGCGAAAACCUCUUUCCAAAAAAAUGGAAAAUCUGGUACUGGUUAUUUUUCUUCUUGCUGUUGUGUUUCCAACCGAUGCUAACAAUGUCACUAAUCCCAACGGCUCCCAGUCUUCACCAAAAAAGAUCAAAAUCAAAUUAGGAUUUAUAGCGCCUCUGGAUAGCAGUUUGGGAGCAACAUCUACCUUAGGAAAAGAACUUGAAUCUGCCUUUAAAAUAGCCAUAGAAGUGGUAAACAAGCAUGAAGCUAAGGGAAAUGUGGAACUUUCUACUGAUUUUACAAAACUGGUUAAAGAUGGCGGGUCAGAUCCUCCCACUACUUGCAAGAUCGCAGCUCAACAACUUGCAGAUGAUCCAGAAAUUGUUGGUGUUGUUGGUGGAUACCGGUCCUCGUGUUCCAUCGCUUCUCAUCAGUAUUUUAGAGAUCAUGCUGAUUCCAUGACACAAAUUUCUUAUGGAUCGACAUCUCCCAAGCUUUCCAACAAGAAGAUAUUUCCAAAGUUCUUCAGGACGUGUGCAAGUGAUGUUUAUCAAGCGUCUGCCCUGGCAGACCUGGUGAACUAUUUCAACUGGAAACGAGUUAGCACGAUCACUUCCACAGAUGUGUCUGCGAAGGAUUUGACCGACAGAUUCGAGAGUCAGGCCAAACUCAAAGGCAUUAGGGUUCACACGUCGUCUCGGUUCUCAGCGGGAGCACAACCAGACACAAUAGACCGAAAAGUGCAACUGAUCAAAGACGCACAUACUAGAGUGAAUCUGGUUAGCGCACUUCCACAAAACGCGCAAACAGUCUUCCAGAAAGCAAAAGCCAAGGGCAUGAUGGGACAGGGCUGGGUUUGGAUUGGAACUGACGGAGUGACGUCAACGCCUCUAAGCAACGCAACCAAGCCUGAAAUUAAACAGAGUAUGCAAGGAGCUAUCGGCAUUAGACCAAGCGCGGGAAGCAAGCGUGCCUUUCUUCAUAUCAUAGUGAAAUGGAUGGCAAAAUUGAACAAUAGGACACAGUAUCCUGGCGUUAUUUAUGACACAUUAAAAACCGACAAGCCGUUACGAACUUCUGCCUAUGUACCACAUGUAUAUGAUGCAGUCUACACGUAUUUCCUCGCUUUUGACAGACUUGAAAAGGCAGGGAAAAUCAAGGCAGGUGAUUCUCCAAGCAAACUUCGAAGACUUGUUUUUGAAGAGCUUAAACAGUUUACAAAACCUGAAAACAGUUACUUAAGUGCACAAGGAUUUUAUACUCACUUUGAUAAGAACUUCGAUGGUCAACCAGCAUACGAUGUUGUCAAUCUUCAGGGUAUUGUAUGGAAGCGCGUUGCAACCUGGAACAAAACUAUGGGAAUCGAACGCCUCAACCAUCCAAUCAUUUGGCCAGGAAAUACCAAGAUACCCCCUACAGACAAAGGCCUUCCUGGAAAGACUACCUUCAGGAUUGGAUUCAUUGCACCAACAGAUCCUAACCUGGCCGGUCUUGCACAACUUGGCAAAGAGCUUCAAAUGGCGCUAAAUGUUGCUGUGGACAUGAUGAACAAAGACUUGUCGUUGUCUGUCGAUUUUGAUGUCAAGGUACAAGAAGUUGGAACAGAUGCAGCGAGUGACUGCAAGACUGCUGCUGAUAGACUUGCCAAGGACGACGUCGUGGCUGUGAUUGGUGCUUACAGGUCGGAAUGCUCUGCUGCAGCUGCGAAAGUGUUGGGUUCAAGCAGCCACAAAGUCCCACAAAUAUCCUAUGGAUCCACCUCACCACGCUUAUCUGACAAGACGAAAUAUAAGUAUUUCUUCAGAACAAGUGCCUCAGAUGUUCACCAGGCCCGCGCAAUCUCAGCUUUUUUCCGCACAUACCGCUGGCCGGAAGUUGGCAUCGUCUCCACUUCGGAUUCCUAUGGUGGAGAUCUUGCCAGUGACUUUAAGAAAGAAGUCGAAGGAAUGUCUGAUAUGCCUGUUCGAGUGGUUUCCAUACAGAAGUUUCCAGUUAAUGGUCGAGCGAACGUUGUGAGACCCAAGGUUGAUAAGUUAAAAAGUGCAGGCACCAAAGUCAACCUCAUUUCCAUGGUACGCAACGACGCCGAAACUGUCUUCCAGCAAAUCCGAGAGCUAGGCAUGACGGGUAAGGGCUGGGUGUGGCUAGCUAGUGAUGGAGCUACCACAUCGACUUUUGAUAAACAAAAAGAUCUGGAGACAGCCAUGCAAGGGAUGCUGGGAAUUCAGCCAAAGAAAGGAGAAGGACCACUGUUUUUGAGAUUUCUUGCUGCUUGGAUGGAUAAUGGCCAGCCUUUGUAUACUGGCACGAAUCAAAGUCCCUCAUCUUCCCCAUUUAUGGCCCAGUUAUUCGAUGCGGUCCACGGCGUUGCUUUAGCUCUAUCAGACCUCGUAAACAAGAAGCAAAUUAGUCGGUCUACAAAUGUUAUGAAAGUCCGCGAAAAACUCUACAAAAAGCUGAAAACGUUCGACGACCCAAGCUCUGGUUAUCCUAGUGCUACUGGCAAGAAAAAUAUCAUGUAUUUUGAUCAACGACUGGAUGGUCCUCCUCGUUAUGAUGUUGUGAAUUUACAGGACAGCGGUUGGAUAACUGUUGGACACUACGAUGAGAAAACCCAAGAUAUACGUAUUUCACGAGAUCCUAUAUUCCCUGGAGGAACCACUAUUCCCGUGGUCGGAGUAGGUCGACCAACUUACAAAAUUGCUGCCUUUUUCCCUCUACAUAACGACCUUGGCUCACUGGCAGAGCUAGGGAGAGAAUGGGAAGCGGCGUUUAAACUGUCUGUUGGCCUUGCAAACGCUGAUCCAUCAUUCAAAGUAGCUUUUAGUUACAUAAUAGUGGAUGGUGGACCGAACGUAGACUCAUGUUUCAAGGCUGCAAAGAAUCUUCCGGAUGACAUCGACCUCAUCAUAGGCGAAGCCAGAUCCGCUUGCUCUAUCGCUAUUUCUAAGGCUACACGAUCACGUAAGAUACCACAGAUGUCCUACGCCUCGACGUCAUCACAGCUAUCCGACAAACAAGCAUAUCCUCACUUCUUCCGCACAUGCUCAGCGGACAACCACCAAGCUACAGCUCUUGCCAAGCUUGUGAUACGUUAUGGCCUGGAACGAGUUGGUACGAUAGCGACCACCGACAAUUAUGCUGAUGAUUUAGUGAGGAAAUUCGCUUUGGACGUGCGUAGAACUGGACGCGUUGAAAUUACUGCUGAAGAACGGUUUAAUUUGCACACGAAACAUGCUGUCAAAGAAGAAGUGACCUCGCUAAAGCAGAGCGGAGCUGUUGUUAACCUGAUAAGUUCAACCACAGACGAUGCUGAAAAGGUUUUCCAGGAAGCCAUCGAGCAGGGUAUGACGGGUAAAGGCUGGGCAUGGCUCGGUACUGAUGGAUCUACGUCAUCGACAUUUAUAAAUGCUCCUAAUCUAAGACUUGCAAUGCAAGGUAUGGUAGGCACCAGGCCUAGAGCAGGUAGCGGUCAGCUUUAUCAAAAACUUCUUAAUAUCUGGGACGAGAAAGAUUCAAGUUUAUAUCCUGGACUGUUGCAUUCUUCAAGGAUAAAAGAGACAUCGGUGUACGUUGCCCAAGUACAAGAUACCAUACUUGCCUAUGCUAACGCUUUAACGAGUCUACAUGAAGCAAAGACCAUCAACAAGCUAACUCCACGACCAACAAUGCAACGCGAGCUCGUAGAAGAGCUCAAGAAAAUGAAAGAUACCCAAACCGGUUUUACCAGUUCUGUAGGGGACAAGAUAUUUUUCGACUCAAAUCAAGAUGGCCCUGCCGAGUACGACUUGGUGAAUCUAAACGGCAAUUCCUGGGUUCGAGUAGGGAGGUAUUCGCCUUCUAAGGGGCUUAGCGUACGACGGAAGAUAGUAUGGCCUGGUGGUAUUCUUACACCUCCCUCUACACCAAAUAAAGAUCCGACCAAAACAUCACAAUCGGCCCAGACCUCAUCAGUUAGUACAUCAGGCUUGGUUGCAUUAGGCGUUAUCUUUGGUAUCUUUGCCAUUGCAAUGAUUGGAUUCAUUGGGUUUUUAAUACACAGAGAACGAAAAGGAUACCCAACAUUUGCCUCAAAUGUAUUUACUCGAACUAACGGAUCACCGGUYAAUGAAAUCAGUGUAGCAAUAGAUGGUGCUGCUUCAGCGUGUAAUGGUGGUGUGAUCACAAAAUCAGAAAAAUCUCAAGUACUUGUUUGACAAUCAAAGAAAUUGCCAA